AUGGAAUUGCCUAUCCCUUUGAAAGUAAAAUUUCUUGUAUGGCUGGCUUUCAGGCAUGGUUUGAACACAAAAGAUGUGUUGGAAAAAAAAGGAAUACAUUUAGAAAAAAUUUGCUGCUUAUGUUCAAAGCUGGAAGAAAGUCAUACGCACUUAUUCAUUAAGUGUGAGUUUGUUUACUCUAUAUGGAGAUCAAUUCUGUUCAAGUUGAAAAUUGAAGAUGGUUUUAGUUGGAAUUCUCUGAAAGAGAUGUGGCAUAAUUUGAAAGCAGGAGAGAUUGAUAAUGGCAAAAUGAAAAGAGAUGUCUUCAUUUGUUCUCUUGUUUGGUGUGUAUGGCAGGAACGAAAUGAUAGACUUUUUUCUAAUAAAAGGAAAAGAUCUCUUGAGCUUUUGAACAAAAUUAUGACCUUCUCAUCAUUUUGGUUAGGUUCUAAAAAAAUCUCUGCUCGAGCUAUCAGACUACAAGAAAGGAGGAGGAAAAAGAGUGCUGAUAGAAUGCAAGCUAUUGGUGUAGAUAGAAGACAGAACAGAGCUAUGGGGGAUGAGGUGAUCCAGCUAGAAUGA